GCUGGCGCUGCGCGUGCGCGGCGGCGCGGCGCUCGGCGAGCUCACGCUGGAGCUGUUCUCGGAGGCGUGCGCGCGCACCGCCGCCAUCUUCAUCGCGCUGCUGCCCGCUUACAUCGGCUCCACGUUCCACAGCAGCGUCGACAAAAAAGCGUCAUAACAGUGAUUGAGUGAAGUGAAGUGACCUCAAGAUGCUGGUGCCCGAAGCGGGGGCCGCAGGUGAGCUGCUGCUGAAGGUCAUCGGGCCUGAAGGACAAUCGCUGGUCGCCUACUACACUGAGGACACGCUUAUUGAAGAGCUGAAGAACAGGGCCAUCGAGCACUUCUACCGCGGCGAGGCGGGCGCGGCGCGCUACAAGCUGGUGCGCGUGUGCGACUCCUCCACGCUGCACGACUUCCUCACGCUCGCGCAGCAGCAGCUGCAGCCGCAGGAGGAGUUGCUCCUGGUGGAGCUGCGUGUCCCGAUGGCCGGCGCACUAGAUCUUGGCGCCGUGCGCGCGCCCGCGCCGGCCGCCGUCGCAGCCGCCACCGCUGCGCUGCCGCCGCCGCGCCAUCAACCACGGCAGCCUAAUCUACAAGCCUUACUGUCUACUAAUGAGUUGUCUCAUGAGCUGCGCAAGAUCCUGAUAAGCCUGGUGGAAGCGGGUGCCAGGCUGGCGGCGGCCGGGCCGCACUACGAGCGGGCGCUGGAGCAACUGCGAGCGGCCCUGCUGCCGCCGCGCCCCGCCUCCAGGCCCGUCGUCGAGGUGAUCACGCCAGAGGAGAUCGCACGACGCAUCGCCGAGCAGCAGGAGCAGCCGCACGCGCCGCCUCCCGUCGCCGGCAGCGACGCCUACCGCCGCGCUGAACAUCUGCAAAGGUUUCUGGAGGAGUUCCGCGCGUGGCGGCUGUCCUGCGCGCCCCCUCCCGGCGCGGAAGCGCUGGCGUCGCUGCGCGAGCUGGGCUGGGAGGGCGAGCCGGCCGAGCGCGCGCUCCGCGCCACCGGCGGCGCCCCGCCCGCCGCCGCCGCCUGGCUCACGGGGGAGCGCGGAGCCAGCGUGUGCGAGCUGGUGGAUGGCCUGCCAGAUGGCGCUGUGCUACAAGCGCUGUUGAAGCAACCCCAGAUCCAACGCGGGCUGCUGAACACGCGCAUGCUCGUGGCCUUCAUCGGCAUGGUGGGCCCGGCGAACAGUGCUGCCCUCUGGCUGUCCUCGCCGCGUGGCUCGCCGCUGUUAUCACAGAUCUCCCGCACGUACCACUCGGAGAAGUACUGCCUCGCCGUCAACCAGUUCAGCGAGGAGCACAACACCAACACGCGGCCCUCUACGUCUAGGAAGGUGCCCGGGCUGUACUGGACGGGCGGCGCCGUGUGCCGCGCCUGCGCCUUCCCGCCUGAGAACUUCCACUUCCCGCACAGUGCGCCAGGACUGCUGACAAUGCAGGUGUCCCCGGAUGACGAGGUGUGCGGCAUCUUCAGCAUCAUCUUCAAGCCGCUGCAUCAAUUCGACUUGCGCAGCGUCGUGUUCGGUCGGGUGGUCCUCCCGUCCCGCACGUUCGAAGCCAUGCGCUCACUUGGCGCCGCGCUCAGCUCACAGCCCGUCGUCGAGAUAAGCGCCGCCACGCUGUUGCCAAGACGACGACCGAAUAAAUAAUUUACACCAGUAAUGUCCCUAUGAAAAAUUAUUAAAAUGAAUAAGCGAACACGAUCUAAUAU